ACUUAAAUGAAGUAAGAAUACCUACCUAAUAUAACAAAAGUGUCAGAAAGAAUUCAUUUUGAUAUUUGUUUUAAUUAUUUACUAAGGUGAUUGUGUGUUGUUAUCUACUAAUAAACUAAGUAGAUAUAUUUAUAAAAUAAAACUCGCGUUACGUAAUUAUAGUGUGACAACUGUUCCAUAACAACAAAUUGACUACUUAACUAUUUUUAGUUUGAGGUUGUGAUAUCUUGCUCACUAAAAAUAACCAUUUAUUUUUAACAAAAAGUGUUGGUAAACCUUUAGGAAAGAAAAUGGAACGUCCAUGUAAGAAAUUCCGAUUUGCCAUCGACAGGGGAGGUACAUUCACAGAUGUCUUCGCUAAAUGUCCUAACGGAAAAAUCAGAGUCCUGAAAUUGCUCUCAGAGGAUCCUCAACAUUACAAGGAUGCUCCAACGGAAGGAAUCAGGCGUAUAUUACACGAGGAAACUGGUCAUGCAUUGGAUAGCGAAGGCAAUGUAGACAGUUCCCUAAUAGAAUGGAUUAGAAUGGGGACUACUGUUGCCACCAAUGCACUCUUGGAGAGAAAAGGAGAAAAAAUGGCAUUUAUUAUCAACAAGGGUUACAAGGAUUUACUUCUAAUUGGAAAUCAAGCUAGACCAAAAAUAUUUGAUCUGAACAUCAGGCGACCAGAAAUCCUCUAUUCAUCCGUAGUAGAAGUAGACUGCCGAGUAAUACCGAUGCUAGAAGGAAAAUGUAAACUAGAGCCUCAAUACACUAGUAAGUGGAGGAUUGUCGAGGGAAAGACAGGAGAAAAGUUUUAUGUUACAAAAGAACUCGAUAAAGAAGAAGUAAAGCAAAGCUUGUUGAAACUUAAAGAAAACGGUAUUGAAAGUAUAUCUGUAGCCAUGUUACAUAGUUACACAGUGUACGAGCAUGAAUUGGAAAUAGGAAAAAUAGCUAAUGAGAUAGGUUUUAAGCACGUUUCUCUUUCACAUCAAGUCAUCUCGAUGGUAAGAAUAGUUCCAAGGGGAUUUACUUCUUGUGCGGAUGGAUAUCUCACACCACACGUCAAAAAAUAUGUUAAGAGCUUUUCCGAAGGAUUUAGAAACAAAUUAAAAGGUACCAGGGUUCUAUUCAUGCAAAGUGAUGGUGGUUUGACCCCAAUGCAAAACUUUAAUGGUGCCCGUGCAAUUUUAUCCGGGCCUGCUGGUGGUGUUGUAGGAUAUGCAGUUACCACUUGGCAAAAAGAAACUGAUUUACCUGUUAUUGGUUUUGAUAUGGGAGGUACUUCAACUGAUGUUUCACGAUUUGCAGGAAUCUACGAACACGUAUAUGAAAGUACCACUGCAGGAGUGACAAUACAGGCGCCCCAACUUGAUGUAAACACUGUGGCUGCAGGAGGAGGAUCAAUGCUUUUCUUUAGAUCCGGUAUGUUUGUCGUGGGUCCAGAAUCAGCAGGUGCUCAUCCAGGACCUGUGUGUUAUAAAAAAGGUGGACCUUUAACUGUCACGGAUGCAAAUCUUGCUCUAGGAAGGUUGUUACCAGAAUAUUUUCCGAAUAUUUUUGGACCUAAAGAAGAUUCUCCUCUAGACAAAGACCAAACUAUUGCAGAAUUUUUAAAGUUAACAAACGAGAUUAAUGAGUUUCUUCAAAAAGAUAAUAAGAAUAAGGACAGCAUGUCUAUUGAAGAAGUGGCGAUGGGAUUUGUAAGAGUAGCUAAUGAAGCUAUGUGUAGACCUAUUAGAGCUCUAACUCAAGCCAAAGGUUAUGAUACUGCACGGCAUGCUUUAGCUUGCUUUGGAGGAGCUGGAGGUCAACACGCUUGUGCUAUUGCGAGAUCUCUCGGAAUGUCAACUGUAUUUGUACACAAAUAUGCAGGCAUUCUUUCUGCAUACGGCAUUGCUUUAGCCGAUGUAGUUCACGAAGCUCAGGAACCAAGUGCAAAAACAUAUAUUCCAGAAAAUUUUGCGUACUUUGAUGAACGGCUUACUGCUUUAGGUACGCAAUGUAAAUCAGAAUUAAUUAAGCAAGGGUUCGAUGAAAAACAUAUAAUAUUGGAACCUUAUCUUCAUAUGCGAUACGAGGGUACAGAUUGUGCUUUGAUGUGUGCUCCUAUUAAAUCUGAAAACAAUAGCACUAAUCAUGGAGACUUUUUAAAAAGUUUCACAGAUAGAUAUAAUCUUGAAUUUGGUUUUGUAAUUCAAGAUAGAGAUGUUAUUAUAGAUGAUAUUAGGGUCAGAGGUAUUGGUCGAAGUGACUUGGAUGAAGAGCAACUAAUUUAUGCAUUGGCCGAUGCCCCCAAACCUAAAUCUGUCACAAAAGUAUACUUUGAAGAUGGUUUUCAUGACACCAAUAUUUUCCUCCUUAAAGAAUUAAAAGCGCAACAAACUUUACAAGGGCCUGCUAUAAUUAUGGACCAGUUAAGCACAAUUCUGUUGGAACCGGACUGCACUGCUGUUAUAACAAAAUAUGGUGAUAUCAAAAUUACUAUUGGAUCUGGAAUUGUAAAAUCUAUAGGUCCAGAAUUGGACUCAAUACAACUAAGUAUUUUUAGCCAUAGAUUUAUGAGCAUAGCGGAGCAAAUGGGAAGAAUUCUGCAACGUACAUCCAUAUCUACAAAUAUAAAGGAAAGAUUAGAUUUUUCUUGUGCUGUCUUCGGAGCUGACGGAGGUUUAGUGUCCAACGCGCCGCAUAUACCAGUACACCUAGGUGCUAUGCAAGAGGCUGUACAGUACCAGAUGAAGGUUAGAAAGUCAUUCAGUGAGGGUGAUGUAAUCCUUUCCAACCAUCCAUCUGCUGGAGGGUCCCAUUUACCAGACUUUACGGUUAUCACUCCUGUAUUUUAUAGGCAAAGUGCAAAACCCGUUUUCUUCGUUGCCAGCAGAGGUCAUCAUGCAGACAUAGGAGGCAUAACUCCAGGUUCUAUGCCACCGCAUUCUACUAGUUUGGAUGAAGAAGGAGCUGCUUUUAAAUCGUUUCUUCUAGUCGAAGGUGGCAAAUUUCAAGAAGAGGAAUUUAUUAGAUCAAUUGAGGCAGCAGGUGGAAGAAAUUUAUCAGAUAAUAUAUCUGAUGUUAGAGCUCAAGUAGCAGCCAAUAAAAAAGGUAUUGAUUUGGUGUGCGAACUUAUUGCCCAAUAUGGAUUAGACGUUGUUCAAGCAUAUAUGGGUCACAUUCAAAACAACGCGGAGGUAGCUGUGAGAGAUAUGUUGAAACAGGUUGCUAAAGAAGCUAAAUCAAGAAUUGGUAAAUCCCAAUUAGAGGCAGAAGACUUUAUGGAUGACGGUUCUAAAAUUAAACUUACAGUUUCGUUAGACGAAGAAAAGGGAUCGGCUUACUGCGAUUUUACAGGUACGGGUUCAGAAGUGUGGGGCAACUGCAAUGCUCCCAAAGCAAUAACUCUAUCGGCACUAAUUUAUUGCUUGAGAUGUAUGGUCGGUCAUGAUGUGCCGCUGAACCAGGGAUGCCUUGCUCCAGUUAAGAUAAACAUUCCAAAAGGUUCCAUUCUCGAUCCAAGUGAUAAUGCUGCAGUGGUCGGUGGAAACGUGUUAACUUCUCAAAGGAUAGUCGAUGUUGUUCUUAAGGCAUUCAGAGUUUGUGCAGCUUCACAAGGAUGCAUGAACAACAUAACUUUUGGAGAUGAAACCUGGGGUUGUUAUGAAACAGUGGCUGGAGGUAGUGGCGCAGGUCCAACUUGGAAUGGUUGUUCAGGUGUUCAUACACAUAUGACUAACACAAGAAUAACAGACAUAGAGAUAUUGGAAAGAAGAUGCCCAGUACAUGUACGUACGUUUAUGUUGCGACCUAAUACAGGAGGUAAAGGCAAGUUUUAUGGUGGUGAUGGUGUACUGAGAGAACUGAUGUUUAGAUCACCUCUUACGUUAUCAGUUUUAACCGAGAGAAGAGUUUUGCAACCUUAUGGAAUGAACGGUGGUGAACCAGGUAGUCGUGGUCUUAACCUGUUAAUAAGAAAUAAUGGUCGGGCCAUUAAUCUUGGACCGAAAACUUCAGUAGCCGUUUUGCCUGGGGAUGUUUUCCAAUUGCACACACCUGGAGGUGGAGGUUACGGCAGGGAAGACAUGUCAGAGAUUCGAGGGGAUGAGGCGUCUCAAGGGACAUCAGGGAGUAAGAGGACCUUUGUAGAACAUGGCAGCGUUUUUGAGUACAGACAGGCGCAGGAAAGCGUGUAAAUUGUGUUUGAUGUCUUGCUCUGGCUACAUUGCCAUUAACUUUUCUUCAUUAUACUUAGAAAUUAUAAAAAUGUUAAAAAUAUUAUGGAUUUUAUGAAAAUAUAUAAAAAAUGUUUUAAAGAUAGUAACGCUAAAUACAAUUUAAUAAAAAAUGCUGUUUCUAAAAAGAAGUAUGUUUAAGUAAAUUAGUAAAGUAUGUUAAAGUAAAUUGUACAGCGUAGCGAAAAAGUAUGGAAACACGGAAAUUGAUCGAAAACUCUUAGAACCAUUUUUAUAGAUUUUAGUGGGUCAGAGUCUUCUAAUGUGGCCGAUAUUAUAGUGGUAAUUAAAUUGUCAAAUCUUUCGUUUUUCUGGAAAUCUAAUGAACUUUCUUAUUUCUAAUGAAACGCACUGUAUAUUUGCGUUUUGGUGUCUUUAAAAAAUACUGAUUACAAAAAAGAACUUUUGUAAUUUUCCUCUAAAGUUAAUCAUUUCUGCGUUAUAAACAAUUUAAAACUAAUAAAAAUCAAAAAACGACGAUUUUCACGGUUCAAAAACACAAGAUAUUUUUUUUGAAAUUAGGAAGUACGUAAAUUUAAGCUCAAACCUUCCCUAUAAAAAUUUUUGGCACGAAUUCUAAAACAUGCUUUCUUUAAUUGUCAGUGAAGCGCAUAUGGGAGGCCGGGCGAUCGGGCUGCAUUAACAACUAAAAAACUAUGUUUUAAAAUAAAACAAGACCAAAUUACUUAUCGGUAACUAAUAAUAGUUAUUUAUGAAACAGUUCGUAAGGUAUGCUUUUUUUGAACGCACGCGAUGUUUAGAGCACGAGCGUAGUGAGUGCUAUAUAUCGCGUAAGUUCGCAAAAAAUACUUCACGCACAGUUUCAUACCAUAUUUUAACUACGAUAAACAAAAAAAAACUAUAACUCUUCGUCACUGGAAUUCAAUUAUAUUCUACAAUUUUUAGAAUUUUGACAUUUAAAAAUUCUAACUUCUUUCAAACCACACAACUGUCAAAACUUUUGUUGUAAUUUAUUGCAUUAUGUCAUCACCAUGUCAACGCGAAAGUUAAGGAUAUUUUAUUAUAUGAAAGUGUGCCAAAAAAUAGUGCGAAAAAUAAAUCCCAUUUAAAAUACAUUGUUACUUCACGCACACUUUAAAACCUUCACGCACUGCUAUCUAAGUUAUACUCUAAGUUAUUUACCAGCAAUUUUAUUACUGGAAUCGAAUUUUAUGAUUGUAUAUAUUAAUAAUAUAGGUAUGCAAAAUCCGCAAAUAGUGUGCUACUUUUUUUUAUAAACAAAAUGGCGCCAAAACAUCGUGUUUUUUUUUCUUAAAUUUUUGCUCUAUAACACCAAAGAUUUUAAUUUUACACCAGAAACACUUAAACAAAAAUUCACCGUAAUUAAAUUCUGCAUAGAGACGUGUAUUACCCGAUUUACUUCGACGAAAAUUUUCCCCGGAAAAUGCGGGGUUUUCCAACCAAAUCUUUAAUUUUCAACUAAAAUUUUAGAUAAGUAAAGUCCUUUCUUUCUAACGCAUUAAAUUGUAUGUGACAGAAAAAAGGUACGUCUGUGAUUACAUACAUUUAUAACAUUUAUUCUAGUUAUUCUAGUUGUCGGUAAAUGACGCUAUAAUAUAAAAAAAAUUAUUUACGAAUUAUAUAAUAUGUCUACGAAUAUAAUCUGUACAAUUUAUAAGAAUAUACAAAUCAAAGAAAAUACCAUUUUAUAAAUGCAAUAAACAAAAUUGAUUUGUUUUUAUGCCAAAUUACAAAUAAAAUGUGACAACUGUCAGAUUUAACUAAAAUGUCAUGUUAAAAUAAAUGUCAUAAAUGUGUAUUAUUACGGAAUUACCUUUUUUUCUAUCAUUUGUGACGCACUGAAAAAUUCUCAUGAAAAGGACUCUAAUUGUUUAUUAAUAAUUAAAUAACCUGGUAAUAUAAAAGCUCUUUUUGUAUGGAUUAUGAUUUUAGAAGCCGAUGGAAAUUAAAUGAACAGUUUAGCAAUAAUUGAAUUGUUAAUUAAAAAUUUACGGUCGCAAUAAUAACCACAAUAAUGAUGAUACAUAAGAGUAGCUAUGAUUUUUGUUUAAAAAGACACUGUAAAUAUCUAACGUACCUUACAGAAUUGUAAUUGGACUAUUUAAGCGACCUCAGGAAUAUUUUAAACUUAUAAACCAUUUUUUGUCUUUUAAACAAAUAGAAUAUCUCGGGAAAUGUUAAAUUAAAUUAAAAUCUGAAAACGGUACGGGAAAAAAGUGGCAGGGCACUUCUUUAAAAGAAAAAACGUUUAGUUGUGUUGAGUGGUUCCUGAGAUACAACCCGUCAAAGUUGACCGGCAUUUACGGCAAAGAUAUAAAUAAUAGGAACAUAAUUUUCAAACCAUCGCCAUUUUAUUUUUGUCCUCUUUCUCCACACAAAUUUUCUUAUCUUUAAAAUACUCAUAACAUAUAUUAUUAUAAUAAAAACUAUCGAUAUUACGAGUGAAAAAUGACAAAAAUAGCAAAAAAAAUCAGGUUGGAGAAAAUGUAAUCUCCAAGUUCAAAAUCGGUAUACGUUAAAUAAAUGCAUUUUCUAGGCUUCCCAUGGAUCAAUUUUCUUCAUUCUUUUUUUGUGGCUCAGUAACUCGAGUAAAGCCACCUAACUAAUGCAUUAUUAAAAGUAAAACUUGCUUUUGUUUUGUUAUAAUAGAUUAAUUAAUUUAUAUGAACAGAAAACUACAUAUUUUUUGCAGUUGUAGAAUAUUUUUAGAUAAAUUUACUACAAGUAGUGUACCUUUUAACGUUAAAAACACAAAUGUUCUCAUUUGAAAGCUGUAUAAUUAUUUAAACAAUCUUUAUUUAAACAAACUAAAAAAUUUUGUUAGGAUAAAUAAAUUAAUUUAAUAAUACAAAACUAAAGCAACUUUGAAAUUUUUAUAUAUGCAUUAGUUAGAUGGCUCUACUCGAGUUACUUGGGAACAAAAAAAGAAUGAAGAAAAUUGCUCAAUGGGAAGCAAAGAAAAUGCAUUAUUUAACGUAUACCGAUUUUGAACUUUGAGAUUACAUUUUCUCCAACCUAAUUUUUGAUUGGAGUUUUGCUAUUUUUGGCAAUUUUCACUCGUAAUAUCGAGAACUUUAAUUAUAAUAAUACAUGUUAUGAGUAUUUUAGAGAUAUGAAAAUUGGUGUGGAGAAAGACGACCGAAAUAGAAAGGUGAUGAUUCGAAAAAUAUGAUCCUAUUGUUUAUAUCUUUGCCGUAAAUGCCGGUCAACUUUGACCGGUUUUAUCUCAGGAACUACUCAUCAAAAUUAAGCGUUUUUCUUUUUUUUUAGAAUAAGCGUCCUGCCGCUUUUUUUUCAAUACCGUUUUCAUGAUUUAAUUUAAUUUAAUAUUUCCCGAGAUGUGUUAUUUGUUGAUAAGCCAAAAAAUUGUUAAUAAUUUUAAAAUAUUCCUGAGGUCGCUUAAAUAGUCGAAUUUCAAAUCUGUAAAGUACAUUAGAUAGGUACAGUGCCUUUUUAUACAAAAAUCAUAGUUAUUCUUAUAUAUCAUAAUUAUUGUGGUUACUAUAGCGACCGUAAAUUUUUAAUUAACAAUUCAAUUGAUGCUAAACUGUUCAUUCAAUUUCCAUCGGUUUCUGGAAUUAUGAUCUAUAAGAAUAGUGCUUUUAUAUUACCAAGUUAUUUAAUUAUUAUUGAUAAACCAUUAGUUGCCUAAAAUUUUAGUUGAAAAUUAAAGCUUUUGUUGGAAAAUCCCGCAUUUUCCGGGGAAAAUUUUCGUCGAAGUAAAUCGGAAAAAAUACGCCUCUAUGCAGAAUUUAAUUACGGUGAAUUUAUAUUAGGGUGUUUUUGGUGCAAAGUUAAAAUCUUUGGAGUUAUAAAGCAAAAAUUGAAAAAACCCGAUUUUCGGGCUUCAUUUUGUUUAUAAAAAAAGUAGCACACUAUUUCCGGACUUUGCAUACCUAUAUUAUUAAUAUAUACAAUCAUAAGAUUCGAUUUCAGCAACAAAAUUGCUGGUAAAUAACUUUUCCCAAAAAUGGCCUAUUCUCCGAUAAUCUGCCCAGACUAUAAUGACAGUUUUUAAAAACUAAAAACUUAUACAUAAUAUGACAUAGAGUAGAUAAAAUUAGGCAUGAACUUGAAUUCGGGCACUUCGUAGUUUUAAAAAUAAUAUCUUUUACUUGUGUUUUUGAACCUUGAAAAUCGUCGUUUUUCGAUUUUUUUCAGUUUUAAAUUGUUUAUAAUUCUAAUGCCUGGUUGCACCAACAGAUCUAAAGAUCCAGCUUAGCUAAGCUCUACUUAUGGAUAGGGCCUCAGCGAGUAUCACUUACGUUGCACCAUAAUUUUAGAUUCUUACCUUAUUAUUAAUUAUAUCUAUUAUUAUAUUAUGGUAUUCUUAUUGUAAUAUAUUAUAAUUAUAUUAUAUUAAUUCUUAUGAUAUUCUCGACUUAAGCUUAAGAUCUGUUGGUGCAACCGGGCAUAAAACAAUUUUUAUAAUUUGUUUAAAUAUAUAUAUUUUUUAAUAUAUAUAUAAGUAUAAAAAAUAUAACAUGAAAAAUAAUAAGUUUUUCUUGAGGACUUCAAAACGCAAAAAAUAUACACGGUGUUCCAUUUUAAAUAAGAAAUUUUAUUAGAUUUCCAGAGAAACGGAAGAUUUGAGAACAAUGUAAUUACCACUAUAAUAUCGGCCGCAUUAGAAGACUCUUAGGGUAAAAACAUAACAAGUAAGUCGAGGCGGAAGUGGAUGUGGAGGUCGCGGUCGAUGUCGACAUCCAUGUAAAACAAACACAUUGUACUGAAUGGAAGAGAAAAGAGCAAGUAAGUCGCAGUGGAGCUUUAGCGCGAUGCCAUCUAGGAGGUUUACAUCGAUGCUUUUGAAAACAAAAUGAGUUUGUUUUACAUGGAUGUCUACUGCGCGGCCUACAAGGAUGCUUUUCUGUGAUUGGUCCGUUCGAAGCCAAGUUGUCAUUAACUGCGCUAUCUGAGUUGAUACUUUUAUAAUAUAAUCCCUUAUCUGAAGUAUGAGAAUCUGAUUAUUUACAGCUGACAUUUCAUCACUAUCAUCACUUGACUGACACAAUAUCGCAAAAGCACAGUCUUUUUGUCAUUCAAAUUUCAUUAAACUACUUCACUUGAUAGUGAUUCUAGCUCGACUGACAGCGCAGGUGACCUCCUUGCUAUGUGCUGUCGACAUCGACCGCGACUUAACUAGUGGCAUCUACCGCGACCUACACAUCCACCUCGACUUACUUGUUAUAUUCUUACCCUUACUCACCAAAACCUAUAAAAUUCGUUCUACCGGUCUCCGAGAAUUUACCGUGUUUCCAUAGCUUUUCGCUACCCUGUAUACAGGGUGGUCCUUAAGUAAUUGUACAAAAAGAAACAGUAGAUUCUACACUCUAAAAUAUUACGAUUUAGCCCAACUUACUCUCAUAAAAUGUUAAUAUUAAGAAAGAUACAGGGUGGUAAAAUUAAACUUUUUUUUUGACAGGUAUGAGAUAACAACAUGAAAUUUAGUAUGAGGGGGUUUUUGGGUCGAGAAAACUAAAUUCCCUACCAAAAAUUAUGUAUUGCACAGAGGGCGCCACAUACGCCUUUCAGCACUAAUUUAUUAUGUUCAAUUUUUUUAUCCCUCACUCUAUAUAAUUUUGACAUUAAAAUUUUUAUUCUCCUAUUUGUUUUACUUAAAAAAGAUAUAAUUCUUUCAUCUCCCUAGACUCAACCGUUUUCGAGAUAAACGCAUUUUAAAUCUGCAAUACACCAUCAUUUUUAGCAUAAUAUCAUUGUAGUUACACCCGAGAAAUAACUUAAAACCAUAAAGUUAGCCAAAAUGUAUCGCAAAUUUCUUCAAAUGGAAUUUGCGAUGCAAUGACAUAAAUUUGAAAACUGGCACAAUUAUUAUGGUUUUUUUAAGUUGGUGUAUACCUAACUGGUGGUCUAAAAAUGAUGGUGUAUCGCAGAUUUAAAAUGCGUUUAUCUCGAAAACGGUUGAGUUAAGGGAGAUGAAAGAAGUAUAACUUUUUUAAGUAAAACUAAUCGGAGAAUAAAAAGUUUAAUAUAAAAAUUAUACAGAGUAAGGGAUAAAAAAAUUUAACAUAAUAAAUGAGUGCUGAAAGGCGUAUGUGGCGCCCUCUGGGCAAUACAUAAUUUUUGGUAGCGAAUUUAGUUUUCUAGAUCCAAAAAACCCCCACAUACCAAAUUUCAUGUUGUUAUCUCAUACUUGUCAGGAAAUAUUUAAUAAUAAAUAAAAAAAAGUUUCAUUUUACCGCCCUGUACCUUUCUUAAUAUCAACAUUUUAUUAAAGUAAGUAUUAAUCGUAAUAUUUUAGAGUGUAGAAUCUACUGUUUCUUUUUGUACAAUUACUUAAGGACCACCCUGUAUAAUGUGAUUAUUUAAAAAGUUAUACAAUAAAGCAAAAAUAAUUA